AUGUAUGUUUACCCCACCCAAGCAUCCAAGCACCGGUCUUAUGAGGCAUGCUGCAAACCCAACGCCCAGGGGCCAGCCAUGUCCUUCGAGGAUGUGGCCAUUUUCUUCACACCGGAGGAAUGGUCUCUUCUGGACGCGGCCCAAAAAGCUCUCUACUGGGAAGUCAUGGAGGAAAAUUACGAGGCUGCGGCCUCUGUGGGGCUUUGGGUCCCCGGGCCAUUCCUCAGCUGUGAACUGCAUCCAAGGGAAAACCAGUUCCUGGGGAACUCUGAGGAAUCCGAAAUGACUGCCGGUGUCUGUUUGUCAGAAAGCUCUCCACUUCCCAAAGAUGAUGACUUCGCUUGCCCGGAGACUGAGGAGAAGUUUAUCCAGGAAUCUGUGGAAACAGAGCUCCAAGCAGUAGGACAUGAAUGGGGGACUGAAAAUGAGAACAAACCAGAACGGGUGUCUGUGGAAAGAGACCAGGAUCUGGAGAUGGAAGGCGAAUCGGAGACCCGAGAGGAAGCCAAGAGGAAGCCGAAAAGGAAAAGAGAACCAUAUAAAUGCAUGGAGUGUGGUAAGAGCUUCUCUGUGAGUGGUGGCCUAACUAAACAUCAAAGGAUUCACACAGGGGAGAAGCCAUAUAAAAGCUUGGAAUGUAGUAAGGGCUUCUCUUACAGUAGUUCUCUAAAGCAACAUCAAAAGAUUCACGCAGGGGAGAAGCCGUAUAAGUGCUUGGAGUGUGAAAGGAGCUUCUUUCAGAGUAGUAAACUAACAAAACAUCAGAGGAUUCACACAGGGGAGAAGCCACAUAAAUGCUUGGAGUGUGGUAAGAGCUUCUCUUACAGUAGUUCUCUAAAGCAACAUCAAAAGAUUCACACAGGGGAGAAGCCAUAUAAGUGCUUGGAGUGUGGUAAGAGCUUCUCUCAGGGUAGUGACUUAACUAAACAUCAGAGGAUUCACACAGGGGAGAAGCCGUAUAAGUGCUUGGAGUGUGGAAAGAGCUUCUCUCAGGGUAGUGACUUAACUAAACAUCAGAGGAUUCACACAGGGGAGAAGCCGUAUAAGUGCUUGGAGUGUGGAAAGAGCUUCUCUCUGAGUAGUAACCUAACUAAACAUCAGAGGAUUCACACAGGAGAGAAGCCGUAUAAAUGCUUGUAG